CGGAUUGCCAUCGGACGACGAGGGAGUAGCGCGUUAUUGUUUCUCGCUCCGCAGCAUUAGACCAGAGUUCUCGCUGUGUGUGCGUGUGUGUGUGCGUUUGUCCACCACCAGCAGGGGGUUUGUGUUUUUUUUUCUUCUUUUGUUGCUUCGCAUCGGCUGGCCGGUUCAGGGACAGUAUAGAAUUAUUUCCGCGACAGUUUCUUACGUUGCUGUUCGUCGGCGUCUGGCGGAGAAGCGCGCUACUUAUCGCACUGUACUAUAGUUUGGCAGUUCGCGACGUGCCCCUUUUGCUGAGCGGUUGGUGACUUGGAACCGUGGAGAGGAGACCUAGAAUACAAAGGCGAAGAUAUCAUCCCACCCUCCCCCCCCCGGAUAUUAUUCAGACCGGUUGUGCGAAUGCGUUGUGUGUGUGUGAUAUAUGCGGCUGGUCUACGAGUUAACAGCUGAGGACACAGGGCGGUUUGUGUCAAGUGGGUGCGACACGGACGACGACGACGACGACGAUCUACUUACCCCCGUCACAAACAGCGUGCUUCUAACGAAUAUCCGCUCCGAAAAGGGGUUGUGACCGGGUUGCAGUUUUGCAAGUGUGUAUUUAUGCCGUUGCCUGUAUGCUUGAGGCGUUAAUUUAUUGUGCUGUCGCUGUACCGCACAAAUUGUGGAGAUCCGGCCUUGCUGUUCGCGUCGUGUGCCAUAUUGUGAAAAUUCGACCACCGAAAAUCACGCGAGAGAAGCAAAAAAAACACACCUAAGCGGGAGCCUGCCGAAGUAGGCUGUGAAAAAUCGAUUACUAUUUAAUCGUUGCUGGUAGUGGUGUGGUGAGUGUGUGUGGGGCUCUUUUUUUUCGGUGCGUGUGUGUCAAAAUUCUGACAGAAGCCGGCUAACCGGAAGAAUCCUUGCUUGCGUUCGAACGUCACCAGGAACACACCGACGGACCGAGUAGUGAGAGCGAGAGAGCGAGAGAGCGAGAAAUCCGCGCAAAAUAUGCACCUCAGCUAGAGUGUGUUGGUGAUGAAUUGCAGUUUCUGUUGCUGUUAGUCUAAAGCCAGCGCCGACCGGUCCGCAGAUCGUGGUGGAAUUGAUUGUGUGUGAGCGCAUUUAAGCUGAACAGAGCUUCCCCAACCGGAAAACUCCCCCGCUGGAACGGUUCUAUUGGGAACGGAGCGCAAGCGGCGGAACCAGGUGACCGCACGCACCGGGAAGCAGAAGCUAGAACAUCUGAAAGGAAAAGUGCUUAGCGGAGCAGCUCGCAAGACAUUCGUGAGACCCACAAUCAAGCGGCAACCUCCGACAACAUGGCGACGCUGAUAGAAGGAAUUAUGAUAGCUGCGAUGAAUGUCUUCCUCAACAGCCUAUCGCUCCAGGUGGUGGUGGCCCUGAUCGUCGGUAGCCUGCUGUCCAACACGUUCAAGUACCAUGCGAAAAUGUUUAUCAUCGUGCUGAUGUCGUUCCUGGUGCUGGUCGUCCCGAUACCGCUCUUUCUCUUCAAACCUCGCUGGCCCCUGAACGCGCUAAUUCCUGGCAUCGUGGCAUGUGCAUUUAUCCGGCUGUUCGGUGUGGAGUACGAAAUCCGUGGCCAGGAGCAUAUUAACGUUCGCAACGGUGGCGUCGUACUGCUCAAUCAUCAAAGUGCAAUCGAUAUAGUGAUGCUAUCCCGACUGCUGCGAGAGUUCCGUAACAUCGUGCCGGUGGUAAAGAAGGAACUGUUCUACAUGCUCCCGUUCGGUAUUGCGUCCUAUCUGGUGGGGGUUGUGUUUAUCGAUCGCAAAAAUACCGCCUCGGCCAAGGAUGUAAUGAAGCGGGAAGCGGUCGCCAUUACCAAAGACCAUCUAAAACUGGCCAUUUUCCCCGAGGGUACGCGGCACGACAACGAUACGCUGCUACCGUUCAAGAAGGGCUCAUUCCACGUUGCCAUCGAUUCGCAAUCCAUCAUCCAGCCGGUGAUCGUGUCCAAGUAUCACUUUAUCGACCACAAGCGUAAGCGGUUCGGGCGGGGCCGUGUCAUCAUCAAGAUUAUGCCCGAAAUCCCGACCAAGGGUAUGACGAAGGCGGACGUGAACGAGCUGACCGACCGGUGCCAGCAGCUGAUGCAGACGGAAUUCGAUGCGCUCAGCGCGGAAGCGAAACAAUACUGCCAUAAUUGAGCGGCCGCACCAUCAUCUGGAAUGCGUGCAAAUCUAGGAAAUGUAACAAAAACAGUAGUAGAGCAACAAAACAAGCAAUAAUAGUCAUUGUUGCGGGGACCAUCACUAGAUGCAGACAAACUGUUCACGAAACGAUGAGGAAUGCGAGUGAACCCACUCGGUCGAAGCGAAUCGAAGGCGUCGAGACAAUCUGUGAUCAUCUGGUGUCCAGCGGGUGACUACUAUCCGGUCACCGAAUCGUGCAUCGUCGAUAUUAUUAUCUGCGCGCGACAGUUGUGGGUGGAGAAGUUGGUUCGAACAAAAUUAUCCGGGAAAAAGCGAUCGUCAGCCCCGCGGAGGAAUGGUUCCCGGCAGAUUACUAUCAAACACAGACUCGUACCUGGUACCUGAGUACUUUUCCUGAGUACGAUAAGCAAUUUCAAUCGACACCAUCUGAACGGAUGAGAAGAAGCAAAGAGAAAAGGACGACGACGACUACGAAGGGGGGGUAUUCAACGUCAAACGAACGAAUGGGUGAGAAGUAUCGUGUGAACGCUAUAAAAGACAGGAACGACGUAAUACACAAAACGCAUAUAGGGAUCUAGCUAGAGUAGUAAGAACAUACAUUACAGAGCGACACACUUCGUUUCGGUGGUUGUGUUGAUGUGCUAAAAGGUUAAACAAUCAUUAAGGAGUGGCAGGUGUUGAGAAAUUGUACCGUAGACAUAGUGAUUCUACCUAGGGUAGGUGAGUGAGAGGGAGGGAGUGUGGGCCAGCCAGAGGAAGGAAAGGGAAUAGGAAAGCUGUAAAAUUCGUAGUGAGUCACCACGGCCCCAGCAGUAGUGGAACAGGGAUAUUUCGAUUUCGGCUAUGUUUUUGAAACGUGGUACUAAGAAAUCGUGCAAUUAUUUACGUUAGUAGUGUGACACAAACAACAUCCAAAGCAAAACAAAAUUAACUGUGAGCGGAACUGCGUGCUGUCUAGGACAGCGUUGUUUAGGUCGAAACUAAUAAAAACAAAACAAAA